UCGAUUGGCUAAGUAUACAACGUGGCCCAAGCCCGGGCGGGAUAGAUCAGCGAUGCCAUCAAUCGCAUCUCUCCUCCUUCCCUAAUCAUAUCGAUGGCCACACUCAACCCAGAAGCUGACGCUUUGAUCAAGUCCGAGGAUCCCUUCCACCCAGCGAACCUGAUCCCUGAACUGUGCCGAGGAUUCUACACGCUCGGAUGGGUCACAGGAACCGGGGGCGGGAUCUGUAUUCGCGUGGGGGAUAAAGUCUACAUCGCACCCUCGGGAGUGCAAAAAGAGCGCAUCCUGCCGGACCACAUCUUCGUCCUGCCGUACCCGCAGCCGAACCCGCACGGCGACCGCGUCUUCCUGCGCAAGCCGCCGCACAACCUGAAGGAGUCGGACUGCACGCCGCUGUUCUGGAACGCGUUCGACCAGCGCGAUGCGGGCAGCUGCAUCCACACGCAUUCACAGCACGCGGUCAUGGCGACGCUGCUUUGGAAGGAGGAGACGUUCACUAUCUCGCAUCAGAUGAUCAAAGGCGUGCGCAUCGCUGGUACUGGGGCCGCGCUCUCUUACCUGGAUACCCUCGAGGUCCCGAUCAUCGAGAACACUCCGGUAGAGAGGGAUCUCAAGGAUAGUAUGGAGGAUACGAUGAAGCGCUUCCCUAACGCUGCGGCCAUCCUGGUCCGCAGGCACGGCGUGUAUGUUUGGGGCACUGACUGGCAGAAAGCAAAGACCCAAGCUGAGUGUCUGGAUUAUCUGUUUGAGAUCGGUGUGAAGAUGAAGCUGGCCGGGCUACCGACGGUCUUGAACUGAGUGACCUACGGCGUUACAGUUGAAGUAUUGAAUAUCAUACACAUGUAUUUGUCCCCAGUGAUUACCCACGCGAAGCCCUGUU